AUGCCAACUGUCUUCACUGUCAAUCUCACGGCACCACUCCUCCUCCUGUUGCUAUGGGCAACCCACCCCACCAUGGCAACCAACUGGCUCUCCCUGGCCAGGCUGCCCCGCUCCAGGCCCGUGUCCGGCGCGGCUCCAUGUGCCCGGCUGAGGGGGCUGACCCCGGGGCAGGUGGGGGUGUGCCGGGCGCGAGGGGAGGUCAUGGAGUCCGUACGCAAGGCCGCCGAGAUGGUCAUCGAAGAGUGCCAGCACCAGUUCAGGAAUCGCCGCUGGAACUGUUCCACCACCUCACGAGGGAUCAACGUUUUUGGCAGAGUCAUGAACCAAGGGACUCGUGAGGCGGCCUUUGUCCACGCCCUGUCCUCUGCAGCCGUGGCGGUUGCGGUGACGAGAGCCUGUACCCGGGGGGAGCUGGACCGCUGCGGCUGCGACAGGAAGGUCAGGGGGGUCAGCCCCGAAGGCUUCCAGUGGUCGGGCUGCAGUGACAACCUUUCCUACGGUGUGGCUUUCUCCCAAACAUUUGUGGAUGAACCAGAACGAGCCAAAGGGGUGUCAGCGGGGCGACCACUCAUGAACCUCCACAACAACGAGGCAGGCAGAAAGGCCAUCCUUCACAACAUGCAGGUGGAGUGUAAGUGUCAUGGCGUCUCCGGCUCCUGUGAGUUGAGGACCUGCUGGAAGGUGAUGCCUCCUUUCAGGCGCGUCGGUGUGGUGCUCAAGGAACGCUUUGAUGGAGCCACAGAGGUCCGCCUGACUCGUAUAGGAUCCAGAACGGCCCUGCUCCCCCGCGACCCGCAGGUCAAACCCCCCGCUGCCAGAGACCUCCUGUACCUCGCACCCUCUCCUGAUUUCUGCCACCUCGACCCCGACAACGGUAUCCCCGGCACUGCUGGCAGGAGGUGUAAUGGAACCUCCCGCCUGGCCCCUGACGGCUGUGAGCUGGUGUGCUGCGGGCCGGGGUACAGGGCGGGCCGGGCGGAGGUGGUGCAGCGCUGCUCCUGCAAGUUCUCCUGGUGCUGCUCCGUCCGCUGCCAGCAGUGCAAGAACACCGUCACCAUCCACACCUGCAGAGUCUAA